AUGUCUCAUCGACCUCUUGACAUAAUCAAGCGUGAGGCGCGCGCUGCAGACCGCGCGCCUCACCUGCGGACGCGCAAGAAUGGACCCAUGACGGACACCAUUGACUCGCUCGACAACAUUGGCGGCGUCUAUCAUCAUGGCGGCCCGUAUGAUGCUACCCUAGCAUCCCGCAACCGCAACAAGAUGUACGCCCCUGUUGAAGCCGUGAGAGAUUCCAACAUGGAGGCUUUACGAGCGACGCCUCGCGAAUACAUUGAGGAUUCUCUGUCUAAGCAUGUGCCUUUGCAAGGAACCGGCAUCAUUCCGGCAGGCAGCACCGACAUGAGUGGCAAUGUUAUGAACUACGACGAGGGUGCCGACCUGAUGCGCGAGCCUGAUGCGCAAGGCGGUGCCUAUAAGAGAUGGGAUGGAAUUCCGUACCAUCCUGAUGAUCUCAAGGGAAAGGGGGAGCCUUCCUACACGUACGAAAAAGAUCUCAAGGAGAAGAAACGAUUGCGCAAGGCGUCAAUCGGUAAUAGCCCUGCAGAAUAUGAGAUGCGUUCCGGCGUCAACGCUCAGUCACGUAAGGAGAACGGGGCGAAGGUGCGCCAGCGUAGCGUCAGCAAUGCCGCCGACAGCAGACCCGGGCCUUCCGAAUUCCGCAACGGGCAAUCGAACAGCGCCGAUAUCCAUCGCCACAACAGCACCGGCAAACGUCUGAGCGAAGGCCUGAAGCGUCGUUUUGGCAGCAUCCGACGGAAGAACCAAGGCGCGGCCUAG